CUUGCGAUCCUUGUUGCCUUGCAGUCAUCAUCAACAUGCAUCAACAUCUACAGACUCCAGAGCGCAGCACAGAGCCAGUUCCUUGUCAGGCUGCCUGUUGCUCUGGGCAUCAAAGACAAGGGACUCUAUCUCUCCAGUGUGCUGAGUGGUGACCAGCCCAUGCUGCAACUGGCGGAAGCAGAAGUCAAAAGGGACAUCUCUGGAGAUGACUUCCAGUACUUCAUCUACUGCAUCCAGGUGGACAACAUGACCAAGUUUGAGUUCACUUCUCACCCCAGCUGGUACAUCUGCACUUCCCAGGAACCCAGUCAGCCUGUGGGAAUCACCAACUGCCUUGGCAAGGACCUCAUCACCGACUACCACCUCACCAGGCCCAAGCACUGAGCCCCGUCCCAACCCAAACCAGCAGUCACUGGUUUCAGGCAACAGUAUUGUAUGUACUACGUACAUCCAUCCCCUGCCCCGCUGAGUUAUGUGACCAGGUGUGUCUCCCAUGUGUGUCUGGUUCCCCCUAUCCACGCUGUGUGUCCUCUCCCCAGGCAGUCUGAUCCACCCCCGAUCCUGUGAAACCUUCCAGCAGCUCGCUCAUGGUCAUGAAACUCUUGACUGCUAACACUUGAUGCUACAUUUAAAUCAACCCAGCCAGGCAGUGUAGACACCCCCACCUCUCCAACCUGUCAGCUCACAGCCCUAUCUGGCCGCAGCAAGCAGAGGGAAUUUGCCCCUUCCAGGCCAGUUGCAAAGCAACACAUGAGCAAACUGGUCUGAAGCCAGCUGGUGGGGAUCUAUACCCUGGGUGUUACAUUGUAGACAGAAUUCUCUUCCCAUCCCUGAUGCCCCCCAAAAUUCAGAUGUGUUUUAUGUGAAUUGUCACGUAACACAUCCAUGCUAUGGCUGCAUUCCUUAUUACUACAUAGUAUUAGUUAUAUCGCAUUAGAAAGUCUAACUCUCAAAAACAGGUGCCUUAUGCCCUUUGAUGACAUAGAUUCUAGGGACAAACUUGGCAGUUCCUUUGCGAGACCAGAAUCUGGUCUCGUCACCUCUCAGGGUCCUGUUUACAAUUUGCCACAGGCUUAGAAGAGAACUUGGAAAUACUUGAGGCAGACAAAGGUGCAGUGACCAAGGAGCUGGCAUGUUUUUAUUAUAUAAAAACUCAAUGUCAUGUUAGUACCAGAUGCUGUUUCCUGUACAUUCCUGUUGGGUGUUUCUGUAGAAAGGAAUUAUUAUUUAAAUGAACUGCAUUCUUUUAAUUAUUUUUUGCAAUGAAAUUAUUUAUUG